AUGGAAAUAGAAGAAAAACAUAAAAAAAUUAUCGAUGCAUUGUAUGAUACAUGGUCUAACGAUCAAGAACAUAGAAAAGAAUCAGAAAGGAUUUUAAAUGAAUUAGAAAAAGAUGAGAAUUUUAUAAUGAAUUUACUAACUAUUUGUUCAUACAAAAAUAUUCAUUAUAACAUACGUAAAUUAGCAAUUAUUUUUUCAAAAAAUUUAAUAGUUAGAUAUUGGAACUGUAGAGAAGAAUUUCAUUUUAAUAAUGAUAUAAAAAAAUUAGUAAAAGAAAAAAUUAUUGAAUUAUUAAACAAUGUAGAUAAUUUGAAUAAUUAUAGAGAAUUCUCUAUCUUAUUAAAAAAAAUAGGAAGAUAUGAACUUGUACAUCAUUAUCCACAGUUGUUAGAAUGUUUAUUAUAUAAUAUAAAUAUACAUAAAAAUAAUUUGAACAACUUAUAUAUAUAUCUAUAUUUGCUUUAUAAAAUAAUAAGAGAGCAAUGUAGUAAAAAGUUAUUAAAAGAUAAAAAAGAAACAUUCGAUAUAUCAGAGAAAUUUAUAAAUUCAUUAGAGCCAUUUUGGAAUAAUUGUAUUAAUUUAUAUUUUCAAAAUGUUAUAGAAUUUUGUAUCUGUAGUGAUGAAUCUAAUUGUAAGAAUUGCAAUAAAUUAUAUAUUUUAAUUAAUGAUUAUGAAAAGAAGAUGCUCAUCAUUGAUGAUAGUAUUGAUGAUAAAAAUUAUACGAAUAACAAUGAAUGUUAUGAAAUAAAUGAAAAAAAAGUAAAAAUAUUAAAAUUUCUGGAUAGCAUUAUGUUAAAUUUAAUUAUUAAUAGAAAUGAUAUACAUAAAGGAAUAAAUAAUAAUAAUAAUAAUUCAAAUGAAAAUAAUAUUGAUAUAGAUAUAAAUUUAAGAAACAAUUUUUUUAAUUCUUUAAUUAAUAAAACAAUUUAUUAUUUAAAAUUUAUAAAUAAAAGUUCUCCUUUAUAUUAUUUAAAGUAUCUAAAAUUUUUAUUAACAUGCUUUUUGCUAAUGAUUGAGUUUCAUAACUCUUUUCAUACAUACUUAAAAAAAGACGUAACUGAAAAAUUUAUAUGUUUAUUUUUAAAAAAGAACUUAAGCAUAAAUAAUUACAUUAAUGAUUAUGAAAAUAAAUUUGUUGAAAUAGUUAACUUAUGUAUAUCUAUUUUAAAAUCAAUUUUUUAUCAUUUUUGUUUAAAUCAAUAUAAUUUAAUUAAACAAAAAAAAGUGAGAGAAAAUUAUAUUAAUGUUAAAAAUAUGAUGUGUAGUAAAAAUGUAAAUUUAGAUUGCUAUAAUAAAAAUACUUUAGAAUCAAAAAUAAUAAAUAAUUUGAUGACAAAUGUGACGAAUAAGGAAAAUGAAAAUAAAAUUCUUUUUAAUAAAAAUUUAUCUUUAAAAGAAAUCUUAACUUAUAUACGAGGAGAAGUAAAGCAAGCCUUAUCUAGUGACGAUUUCAUUUUGAUGCAUAAUCAAAAAGCAUUAGAAAUUUUUGAUUUUUUAAGAGUAUACUGUAUUAAUAUUUCUUCAGAACAAAUAAUCGAUGUUACUCUAAAUAUAAAAGAUGAUUUUGAAACAGAAGAAAAUAUUUUUUAUAAUAGUGCAAAAGAUUGCAUAGUUCAGUUAUCAUCAGAGCCAUUCUUAUUUUCUAUAUUUAAUCAUAUAUUUGAACCUUUAAUUAAUUCAUUUCAUAAUUAUGCACAUUUUUUGAAAACCUUACCCAAUAAUUUAAAAAGUAUACAAGUAGCUGAAUAUUCAGAAGCUAUUAUUCAGCUUGACGGUUAUUUAAAUAUUUAUUAUAUUUUAUAUCCGUCUUUUCAUAAAAAAAUUAAAAUUGAACAUAUAUUAUGUAUGAUACAAUUUUUUUUAGACUAUUUAAAUAUUAAAUAUACUCAUCCUCUAAUCAGUUAUAGAAUAGCAUUAAUAAUAAAAAUUUGGUUAAAGAGCUAUAAAGUGUCUUUUCCUUUUAUUGAUGAAGUCACUUUACUUAUAUAUGAAAAUAUUCGAUUCUUAUAUAUACAAUUACUACAAAAAAAUGCCAUUUCUUUAAUUUCAGAUGAGUCUUCUUAUUCAAAUGAUUUAAAUUUUCAACAUUUUGCUUUAAAAUCAUCCAAUUUUCUACCAAUACUCUUCUUUAAAUUCAUUUGCUUGUUUAAAUACAUAUUUAAAUAUGAAUACGUGUAUAAAAAUUAUGAUUAUAUAAAUGAAUUUCUAGUUGGUUCUUUAAUUAAUAUACUAACCAAAAUAACAUAUCCUAAGAAUAUUCAGAAAAUUUUAAAAAUAUUAAGUCAUAUAGUUUUUAUGAGUAAUAAAGAAAAAGAUAUAACUAUAUUCAAGGAUAAUUAUAAUUUUUUAUUAGAUCUUUAUAUGAGUAGUAAUAUAUCUAUUAAAGAAUAUAUCUUAAAUAUAUUAGUGCAAAUAUUAAAUAAAAAUUACGAAUAUACAGGAAGUUUAAUUGAAUUUGUGAACAAAGAACAAUAUAACAAUGAUAAUAAUAUUCAGAAUAAUGAGAAAUCAUGUGAUGAUAUAAUUUUAUUUUAUUUCAGUUUUGAUUUAUUAUCAUAUACUAUGUCAGCAAAAAUAGAAAAACAGUUAUAUCAAGAAAAUGAAAAUGGCAAUAAUUAUUCUUGUUUAAUAAAUUUUUUAUAUAUUAAAGAAAUAAAUUUGGAUAUUGACAAAACGAUAGAUGAUAAUUUUUAUUCCUUAUGGAUAUGUAUUUUAAAGUUAAUAUCAAAAAAAUUUAAUCAAAAAAAUGAUGAAAUUAUUAGAAAAAUAUGUUCUUUAUAUGUUAUCACUACAAAUUUUUUAAGUGAUUAUUUUAAAAAAGUAAAAGCAGGAAUGUCUACAUAUGAAAUAAGUAAUUCUUGUUUUGAUAUAUUAUUGGAAUAUAUAUGUUUGUUUAUUAUACAUGAAAAGCAUGAUACAUAUUUAACUUUUGAAGCAUUAUCAACAAAAAUGCUGACAAAUGAUAUUUUAAAACAUAAUAUUUUAAGUAUUAUAGAGAGUAAUUUUAUAAUAAGUGAUGAAGUAAAAAUUGAAAAAUGUAUUUAUCUUCUACAUAUAUGUUUGGGUAUUUACAAAAAUGACAUAAAAAGUGAAAUGCCUAAUCUAUAUAGUUAUAUGGCAAAUUUCGUGACAAUUUACUUCAUAAAGAUUUUGUUGAAAUAUUUUAAUAAAUAUUUUAAUUUUUAUAAAUAUAUUCAAGAUAGUCAAAAUAAUAACGGUAACGAUUCAUAUAAUAGUACACCAUUAUUAAAUGAUAAUAUAUUACAGGAUGAAAGAAGCAAAAUAGGAAAUAUUUACUAUGAUUCAAAUAAUGUACAUAAUAAUAAUGAAGAAAUAAAUAAUAAAUUUAUAAGUUAUAAUAAAAGCCACAUCAAAUAUAUAUAUGAUAAUGUCAUAAAUUACCAUCAUGAUGAACAUUUCUUAAAAGAAUUCAACAAUUUUCAAAAAGAUGUUAAAAUCUUAUUAAAUAUAAAUUAUUUAAAUAACUAUGAUAUAGAAAAAACAUUUGAAAGCUUUAAUUUUUAUACAAUAAAUGAAGAUAAUUAUAGUUAUAUUAAUAAACAUAGUAUAUUUACAUUAAUUUCUAUUUUAUCCUUGUAUGAAGCUAAUUUCUUAAAUUUUAUUUUAAUAUGUUUUAUUUCUUAUUUUAAAAUUAAUGUUUCUCUAUUUAUAUCUUCUUUUUUUUAUCAAUCACAGUAUAUCCAUAAUAAAAAUAUUAUGAUUUCCUUAUUAAUAUUUAUAUAUAUAUUAACACAAAAUUAUGUAUUCGUGGAUUUUUCAUCUAUUAUUGUUCAGAAAAAUUUCCCAGAUAUUAUUUGCAGCGAAUCCUUUAAAAAUCUAAUUUAUGAUAAAAAUAGAAAGGAUAAUUUAUUUACUUGUAAUAAAGAUGGAAAGACUUUAAUAAUAAUAGAAUUAUUGAAACUAAUAAAUAAUAUAUUAAAUACAAAUAAGGAUAUUUACAUUGAAAAAAAAAAUAUUCUUCAUUUAAGUACUGUUUCAUCUAAUUUAAGUGGGAGUAAAAUAUUUCAUUCCUAUAAUUAUAAUUAUAUUUUACGUAAUAUUUUAAAUUACAAUGAUUUUCCAAAUAUAUAUAACAAGGCCUUAGAUAAUAUACUGACAUACUUAGUAAAUGUAAAUGAAUUAGAAGAAAAUAGUAAAAAAAAAUUAAUUAUUAAUUAUUUAAAAGAAAAUAUUGAAGAUAUGAAUAGUGCUAUAAUUGAUAUGUAUAAAAAAUAUAUGAAUUUUUUAUAG